AUGGGUGUGCCCCUGAUCGCGUCUGAAGAACGCGCCAUUUCGGGCCGUAUCAUCAACUGUGUGCCCCAAUUGCCCUACAAGAUCGGGAGAAACGAUGCGUACACCCCCGCAAUCGAGCACUCCAAGUCGGCCUCCGAAGAGUGGUCCAUGACCCCCAUUAGCGGUAACAGUGCCCUUUACUCCUCGGUCAACUACCUGCGAGACUCGUCCGAAUGGGAGCAGCACGUUGUCGGAUGGACCGGCGAAAUCGACCCGGGCUCCAGCUUCGCGUACGUUGCCAAAGCGGAUUUGCAGCGCGAACCGAGCACCGACGGCAACCCCCCGCAGGCGCGUCGCGGCAGCAUCUCCCUCACUGAAGAUGACACUCGCUACAUGUCCAAGGACCCCGUCGAGGACCCAUUGUACCUCACGAGCGAGCAGAAACGCGGGAUCGCGGAAAAAUUGCAAGCCGCAGAAGACCCGAACAACCAGCAGACGAUCCACCCGGUUUGGCUUCUGCGUAAGGGCCAACGGCGCUGGCGGCAGUACGCGGAAAACAUCAUCUGGCCCGCCCUUCACUACAUUUUGAGCGCUCCGUCUGACGGACAGCAAGAAAACAACUGGUGGUACGACUACGUCAAGUUCAACGAGGCGUACGCCAUGAAAGUCGCGCAAAUUUACAAACCGGGCGAUAUCAUCUGGAUACACGACUACUAUUUGAUGCUGCUACCGCAGUUGCUGCGCAUGCGGUUUCAAGACGCCAUCAUCGCGUACUUCCACCACACCCCUUGGCCCAGUAACGAAUAUUUCCGUUGUUUAUCGAAACGGAAACAAUUGCUAGACGGAAUCUUGGGGAGCAACCGAGUCUGUUUCCAAAACGAGGGCUUUGCACGCCAUUUCGUUUCCGGAUGCAAACGAUUGCUCGACUCGACUUCUUCAAAGCGCAAGUCCAAAGAGGGCAAGGACGAAUGGCGCAUCAGCGCGUAUGGAGGUGACGUCUUAGUGGACGCGUUACCGAUCGGCGUCAACACCCAAGAAAUUCUCAAAGAAGCCUUUUCUCCCGACAUUGAUUCCAAAGUCACUACCAUCAAGGAAGCGUACGCGGGCAAGCAAAUCAUAUUCGGUAGGGAUAGACUCAACACUGUGAGAGGCGUGAUACAGAAAAUGCAAGCUUUUGAAACUUUUCUGGCCAUGUUCCCAGAAUGGAGAGACAAAGUGGUGUUGAUCCAGGUGAGUCGACCCACCGAAUCUGAUAACAACGUCAAGUUGGAGCAACAGGUCAACGAUCUGGUCAACUCCAUAAAUGCGCAAUACGGUAGUCUUAAUUUUUCUCCAGUACAACAUUACCACAUGCGCAUUCCAAAAGACGUGUAUUUCUCUUUACUCCGUGCCGCCGAUCUUUGUCUGAUCACAAGCGUGAGAGACGGAAUGAACACCACCGCUUUGGAAUACGUCACUGUUAAGAGCCAACCCUCGAUUGGCAACUGUUAUGCCAGCCCACUUGUUCUUAGCGAGUUUUCCGGUACCAGUACGGUACUGAGAGAUGCGCUUAUCGUUAACCCUUGGGACUCAGUCGCCGUCGCGAAAACCAUCAACAGGGCUUUGAAGUUGAAGCCCAUAGAAAAAUCGAAUUUGGAAAGAAAGCUGUGGGCAUGUGUUCCUACCAUACAGGACUGGAACGACAAGUUUUUACGUCGCGUGAUCUCAAUAGCGCGCCGCGAGAACGAGGAGUCCAGAAUCACACCGGCGCUCAACGGUCCAUUACUCUUGAAAAACUAUCAGAAGGCCGAGAGAAGACUUUUCUUAUUUGACUACGAUGGUACGUUGACACCCAUAGUGCGUGAUCCUGCCGCUGCCAUCCCAAGUGCUAAGCUUUAUCGAAUUUUGUCGAAAUUGGCUUCGGAUCCCAAAAAUCAAAUUUGGAUUAUAUCUGGACGGGAUCAACAAUUCUUGUCUAAAUGGUUGGGCGGCAAGUUGCCUCAGCUGGGCUUAAGCGCUGAGCAUGGUUGUUUUAUGAAAGACGUUUCGUCUCAAGACUGGGUCAAUUUGACAGAAAAGUUCGACAUGUCUUGGCAAAAAAAGGUUCAUGAGAUUAUGGAACAAUUCACAAUGCAUACUCCUGGAUCCUCUAUCGAGGUGAAAAAGGUCGCAUUGACUUGGCAUUACAGAAGAGCAGAUCCGGAAUUGGGAGAAUACAAUGCUUCCAAAAUGAAAGAGACAUUAGAAGAGUUUGCUCCCGAUUUGGGUUUGGAAGUGAUGGAGGGGAAGGCCAAUGUCGAAGUUCGUCCCAAAUUUGUGAACAAAGGUGAAAUUGUUAAAAGGCUUAUCUGGCACCCGCAUGGAACGAAGCAAGAUUCGGAAGACGAAUUCAAACUGGACAAGAGUCUACCGAAGGACCAAUUGCCAGAUUUCAUACUUUGUUUGGGAGAUGACUUCACAGACGAAGAUAUGUUUAAGCAAUUGAACGGCAUCGAGAAAGAGUGGGACGAAAUUUUUGCCGAUCAGAAAAACGAAUGGGAUCAUUUCGGAAUCUAUCCAGUCACGGUUGGGUCUGCUUCCAAAAAGACUGUAGCAAAAGCACACUUGACGGAUCCUCAGCAAGUCCUGGACACCCUGGGGCUCCUGGUUGGAGACGUUUCGUUAUUUCAAAGCGGUGGUACCGUUGAUUUGGAUGAUCGCGGUCACAUCAAAGAUAGCGAAAGCAGCGUCAAGUCAGAGAUUGCAGGUGCCGCUUACAAUAUGAGAAGAACUGGCUCUCAUCAGAAAUACAAGCACAAAUAG